UCACAGCCCGCCCAUUUCUCACACUAUAUAAGUAACUGUAAAGUCGUUGCAUCUCUUCUCUGAAUUCCUCACAUCCGCAACUCGCUGUCCACCAUGUCAUUCAGAUCCGCCAUGCUCAGAACAGCCCUCGGCCGCAGAGCCAACCCCGCCCUCAACCUCAAAGCACCCGUUCUCCGCCGCCGCUUUGCGACUGAAGGCGGCCCAGAAAUUCCUAAACCAUCUCCUCCCGGCGCUUCCUCCGUCCCCUAUCUUCUCGCUGGUGUUGGUGCUGCUGCCCUCGGCGCCGCCUACUACUUCUACGGCACCAGCGGAACGCCCAAAGAAGCCGCCCGAACAGCUGACACUGCGGUCCGUAGCGCCGUAGCUACUGCCGAAGGCAAGACUGGCCUCAGACGAGGGCAGGAGGAAUACCAGAAGGUAUAUGACCACAUUGCAGACACUCUCGAGAAGGAGGGCUACGAUGAUGGAUCUCUCGCCCCUGUUCUCAUCCGUCUCGCUUGGCACGCUUCCGGGACCUACGACAAGGAAGACGGUACUGGAGGCUCAAACUACGCUACCAUGCGAUUUGAGCCUGAAGCCAAGCAUGGUGCGAACAACGGUCUUAACGUGGCUCGCGAACACUUGCAAAAGAUCAAAGAAGCGCACCCAUGGAUCUCUUACGGUGACCUGUGGACCCUUGCCGGUGUCGCUGCUAUCCAAGAGUCCGGCGGGCCUGUCAUCCCCUGGAGGCCAGGACGGAUCGAUGGGUUUGCUGCCCAGGUCACACCUGAUGGAAGGCUCCCCGACGCUUCCCAAGCUCAAGAUCAUUUGAGGCACAUCUUUUACCGCAUGGGUUUCAAUGACCAGGAGAUUGUUGCACUUAGCGGUGCCCACGCCAUGGGCCGCUGUCACACCGACCGAUCUGGGUUCGACGGCCCUUGGACCUUCUCCCCCGUGACCUUCUCCAACCAGUACUUUGCCCUUCUCAAGGACGAGCCGUGGCUCUGGCGCAAGUGGUGCAUUUCUCCCCUCUUGCCAUACACACGCAUCUGACACCAGAUACAGGAAGGGACCCGCCCAGUAUGAAGACAAGAAGACAAAGACACUCAUGAUGCUUCCGUGAGUUGACUUUGUUGACAGUCGGUCAAUGGCCGUCGGUCGCGUCGGUCGCGUCCGCUCGCUUUAUCGCUGGCGAAUGACAUGCCUCGUAUUUAAAGACCUUGUGCUGACACCACGGACUCUAGAACCGACAUGGCGCUCGUCAAGGACAAGUCGUUCAAGAAGUGGGUCGACAUCUACGCCGAAGAUGAGGAAAAGUUCUUCUCAGAGUGAGCCGAUUCCAUCCAUCUCUUCAUGCUUGGCUGACAGGUGGAUAGCUUCAGCAAGGCUUUCGGCACGCUUAUCGAGCUGGGUGUGCCUGAGAAGCAGUGGGCUGGGAAGCCGUGGACGAUGGGCAGCCAAUAGGUCGCCCACACCAGAAUCGUUAGCCUGUAGCCAUUGUACACUAUGAAUAUGAUUGCGAUGAUGGAUGACAGCAUGCAGUGACUUGGGC